AUGGAUUGGUAUGUUAAACAUACUGACGUAAAGAAGUACACUCGUCAUGAUGACCCAGGAGUUAAGAGUGUAACACGUAUCUACAACUAUUACAAGAAGCACGGGUACAAAACGCAAGUUAUGGCCGCAUCUACAAGUAUCAAGAAGCACGGGUACAAAACGCAAGUUAUGGCCGCAUCAUUCAGAAAUACGGAAGAAAUCAAGGGCUUAAUGGGUUGUGAUCUGCUCACUAUUAGCCCUGGACUGUUGCAACAGCUUGCACAAGAUGAUGAAGUCGUUUCAGUGGCACUGAAGAGUUCUGAUGGUAAGAAAGCUUGUGCUGUUUUUUUAUUCAGCUGA